AUUCGCAUUUUCUCUUUUUGCUUGUUGCCUUGUUUAUUACUGUUUUUGAUGUUGUAAAACCACAAUGCGAAUUGAUUGAUCGAUUUCCACGUUUUACAUUAUUUUCUCGUGUAAGCAAUUGUAUAACAGCAGUUCAAACACAAUCAAAAUGAUGGACGACGCGAUUGAGAUGUCAUUAGAUGACAUCAUAAAACAGAGUCAAAUUGGCAAAAACAACCAAGGGAAAAACCGUAACUAUAACCAGGGUCCAAACAAACCCUAUAACCAAGGAGGGCCCCAAAAUUAUAAUCAGAAUAGAAAUUACAAUAAUCAAAAUGGAAAUAACCGGAAUUUUAACCACGGCAAUAGAAACGGUCAGAUGAACCCAGGAAAUCAAAACCACAACGGUAUGAACCGUAAUAACCAGGGUGGAAUGAACCGGAAUUUCCAGGGUGGCAUGAACCAAGGCAACCGUAACUGGAAUCAGGGAAACAUGAACCGAGGACGGUCCCAGUCACGAGCAAGAUCACGCAGCCGCUCACGGUCCAGAUCUCGCUUCUCCCGCGAGGGCUCCCAAGCUCGCUCGCAGCGCUCCCAGUCUCGCGCGCGCUCCCAAUCUCGCGCGCGCUCGCGAUCUCGCCGGGGCUCGAGAUCCCGGUCUCGCUCGCGCUCGAGAUCGACGUUCACGCCGCGAGGUCGCGCCGGGCUGGAUGAGCCCGUUAACGGCAUUCCUGACCUAGUGCGGGUUGGGAAUUAUUCAGGUGGAUUCCAGAACAGAAACAAUCGACAAAACAACAAUUAUCGGCAAAAUUCACGCCCAAACUACGACUCUGACUUGACCGUGAGCAUCGGCAACAAUUUCGCUCAGCGACGCAACCAGAACUACCUCAACAAAAACUCACUCAGCCAACUCAACAACCAAUAUAAUAACCAAGGUUACAAAAAAGGACCAGGCUCCGUCGGAUCCAAUAGAUCCAACUACUCAAAUAGAUCUAAUCGCUCAAACAAGUCGUUCAACAACUCAAACAAAUCGUUCAACAACACAAACAAAUCGUUCAGCAACUCAAAUAAGUCGUUCAACAACUCAAAUAAAUCGUUCAACUCCAAUAAAUCGUUCGGAAAUCGACAAAAACAGCCAUUUUCAAAGCAAAUUUUGGAUCCCGAGCUUCAGAAGGAAAUAGCAGCGAUACAGAAAAAGAUUCCGGGGACUAUAGUUAUUCCUAGCGGAGUAGAUUUCGCGCCUACACCGGUGACUACAUUGAUGACGCUGCAUGAGAGAUUUGGAUCAUAAGGUGAAUCCAUAUGUUUUUUGGUCGAUUCAUAUGUAGUGCAUAAUUACUUUCCAUCGUAUUGCCACGGAAACUUACGAACGUGUCUUGCUAUUUCACUCAGUCUGGGUACAAAAAGUAGUGACAUUGACUGAAGUAGCAUGACAAAUACGAACGUUUCAGAGAAAAUACGAUUAUAUACUACAUCUGUACGCAUUAUUUUUCAAUUUGGACAAAUGGAAUGUCAAAAUCACAAAAUAUAGAAAGAAAAAAAAUUCUUUCAUAGAAUGGUAAAAGAUCAGGGGCUUUUCGACCAUUCUAUGGCUUGGAGCAUUUAUUUUAAUAACCGGAGUCGCCUUUAAGAGCUUACCUCUCUGCCGAAAACCUUGCACAAUUGUGCAUACUUUUGUAUCGACUGACGUUUUUCUGACAUGGCCGACGUAUAUCUGACGUGACGUACGAUAUAACCAAACGGAGUAGUCAUUAACAGGCGUUCCCCUCUGUCGAAAAUAGGCGGCCAAUGGUCAUACACAUUGUAUGGACUGUUUAUCUGACAUGGCUAUUUUUACGUUAUCUAUACAUUUGACGUGCCCCUCCCCCGCAAAAAUCGGUAGACUGUAUUGUACAGAAAAAGACAGCCAAGGCGUCUCCAGUUACUAAAUGCUCUAAGGUCGAAGCCAUCAAGUGCUCUUUGACCAUUCUAUGAAAGAAUCAUAUUUCACUAAAAAUGAUUUAGUAAAGGAGUCCAUAGUGGAUCUCCCGAAUUUUCAUUUCAUUUCGAGGACUAUGUUAACCUUGGACCUGCGUUGGCAUUUGGCGUCACCAUUGUGGCGAUCUGUCAUUUUAGGAUAUAAUAAGGAUUAAUAUGUAAGAUUUUCACGCUGUAUGUAAGUUACAUAAUGUAAAAAAGUAUCAAACGUCUGUUACCUACAUGUGUAUGAUGUACAAUAACCAUCAUAUAUAUCAAAGCGGCCAAGGUGUUCACAAAUAUCUGAACAAGGCGUCUAUUAUCAAGACGUUAAAGCGCAUAUUCAGAUAUUUUUGAGCACUGUGGUAGCUGCGAUAUAUUUGAUAGCGCCUGUUGUACAAAGGAAUGUAGGUGUUAACUGUUAACGUACAUGGUAGCCUUUCAUAAAUAAGUGAACUUAGAAUUAAGUUUAAUAUAAAUAAGAAAAUAUCUUUUGACAUGUUUCUUGUACUAACGAAGUGUAUAUUUCCUUUUUUUUUCUUUUGUGACAUUAACUGUAAUAACCCUUUCAUCGAC